UAGCGAGCUUUGCAGAGAACUAGUGAUACAAUAACAACAGUCAAAGGGAUAAGAAAGUUCACAAAAAUUUGUUUAAACAAAUAAGGAAAAAUUGAACAAGUGAUGUUGACAAGUGAUAGUCCUCUCAUAAAGUUGGCAUCCACAAAGGCUUUAAUUAUUCAUUUAAAUCUCGAUAAUGUUCAAUAGGCUUUCCAAAAAUGGACGGUUCCUUAAGGAAGACAGAUGUUAGUUGUAACAUUGUUAAACUUUUACAAGGUAGAGAGAAGAAAGCAGAAAUCGGAAACAUACUACAACAACAUUCACAAUUUACUGACGCACUGAUUAAAAGACUCGGCUUAGAGCAUGAAUUAGAGGGACACCAAGGCUGCGUAAAUUGUUUGCAGUGGUCCUCUGAUGGAAGACGAUUAGCAUCUGGUUCUGAUGAUACUAACGUUAUGAUAUGGGAUCCAUUUAGGCAUCGUUUGUUAAAAACAGUACAUACACCUCAUAUUGGAAAUAUAUUUUCAGUUAAAUUUGUAGGCAGUGAUGACUCUCUCAUAGCGACUGGGGCAGGCGAUUGCAGAGUUGUAGUGCAAUCCGUAGAACAGGCGGUGCGACAUCAAACACCUCAUUUAGAUUGUGGGUGCCAUAUGGGACGAGUUAAACGUUUGGCUACUUCUCCUGAUGAACCUCUUUUAUUUUGGUCAGCAAGUGAGGAUGGUCUUGUUAUACAAUACGAUAUGCGAGAACCUCACGAGUGUGCCUCAACAAAAAGCAAGGUUUUUGUUGACCUUAGUUAUACUUCAGAAGUGAAGUGUAUUGCUGUUAAUCCUGUUAGAUCUCAUUUAAUAGCGAUAGGUGCCAACGACUGCUUUAUUCGACUGUUUGAUCGUAGAAUGGUAAAAACCUCGACCUAUAGGAUUAAUCAUACAAAUGAUCUUCGGAAACGAACUCCACCAGAACCACAAGAUCCUAGAUGUGUGCAGUAUUUUGCACCUGGACAUUUGGCAAAAGAUGCUCGUGGAGACAUGACUUACAAACUGGCGGCCACUUAUGUAACAUUUGACUCGAGUGGUUCAGAUAUGUUGGUCAAUAUGGGUGGGGAACAAAUUUAUUUAUUUGAUAUCAAUAAUCCGAGAUAUGUAAAUGAACUGUGUGUACCUGAGAACGCUUCUAACACAAAAAAUGUUAGACCAUGUUGUAAUAUAUACAGAAGUAGAAGUAAUGGAACCAAAAUAACAUCAAAUAGAAAAUUAUUAAAAUGUAAUAAAAAAAUUUCUUCCCAACCUUGUGCCUGUGACUUUAUAGAAAGAGCAAGAACGUUAUUUAAUCGGAAAUGGACCGGGGAUGUAUAUUCGGCAGCGAGAGACUAUUUACAUGUAAUACGCAAUUGGAAUGAUAAUAAAGAUGCCUAUAUAGGUUUAAUACAAUGUCUAAUAGCAUUAAACUGGAGUGACGAAGCAUAUCAUUGGCUCGAUUAUUUUUCUUCGAAUUUUGUGGAUUAUAAUGACAGCGCUCAAAUCAAGACACUGCACGAUGAUAUAGCAUCGUGUAAAACAAAAAAGGACGAAGAGAUAAAUUCGGAGAAAGCAUUUAGUGAUGAAGAAAAACAAUUACGUUUAGAAUCCAGAGAUUAUGAGACUCAUUUUAUUGGCCAUUGCAAUACGACAACUGAUAUCAAAGAAGCCAAUUUUCUCGGUGAGAAUGCCAAUUUUAUAUGUGCCGGUUCAGAUGAUGGGAUCAUAUUUAUAUGGGAUCGUAAGACGACUAAUAUUGCUACUGCUCUGUGGGGUGAUGGAUCGAUUGUGAAUUGUGUCCAACCACAUCCUAGCGCUUGUUUGAUCGCAACAAGCGGCAUAGAUCCUAUGGUUAAGUUGUGGUCACCCACGGGGGAGGUAGAGGGUGCUGAAAAUAGCCGUGUGGUGGUCGAUCCAUGGGCGGCAAUUGAAGCUAAUCAACAACGUAUGGUAAUGGAUCCCUUUGAAAAUAUGUUGGCAAAUAUGGGUUAUAGAGUUAGUCCUUUAGAAGGACAAGACACACCGACAUGCCGUACCAGUUAACCUUGUGUAUUGCCUACAUUUAGACUAUGUUUUGCAUUUAUCAUUGCAUAAUGAUGAUUUUGUGUGCAUGAUUUCUUAUUUAAAUUGUACUGUUUUUUACAGGAAAUGGCUGAACACAGUUUCUUUUAUAAAAGAAAUUUGGUUUUAUGUUAUGUAAUAUCAUAGAGUAAACAAUGCUCUAUGGUAAUAUAUAUUUAUGGUAUAGCGCUAAUGGUAUACAAUGUUUUAAUGACAGAACUGCAAAUUGUACCAUUCAAAAUACUUUUUGUAUAUAUAUGUAGAGUAAUUAGAAGAAAUUGUAUUUAUUUAUAAAAAGUGAAUCUAAUUUCUAAAAUGAAGGAGGUGCUUUUAACUAUUCAUAAUAUGU